AUGGAUGGCGAAAACGCUGCUGGCCUCUUGACGCCACCCGGAGGUGCAUCCGCACCAGUCACCCCAGUCCAACCCGACAACGCCCCAAUGGAGACAGGCCCUGAGCCCACCGAAAUCAAUGCACCCGCAGGAAGUCACGCUCAAGCCGUUCAAGCUCUCGCAACAACAUCGGCACCCGCGCCACCCCCAAUCCAGAGUCAAGGGGGAGGUGCAAGUGGCAUACCAAACAUGGAUGGCCUUGUUGCCCGUAUAGUCGCGAGCUCGAACAUCCACGAAGCACCGCAGCUUGCGCGCUUGUUGAAUGAUAUCUCGAAUCGCGACGCCGUGUUACUCUUGCAACCAGUACAGGGCAAUCAAGACCCACUUGCCGUACUGAACCCAUCAUUGCACACACUUGGGAUGAUAUAUAUCUUAACCGCCCGAUUGCGCGCCGCGCCAAAUAUGGCGCCUCCGUUAGAUCUAGGUUUGCUGUCGACCUUCUGCAAACACUUUGAUCCAGAACAAGCGCGGCUCGCACCUGAUCGCGUUUCUCAGCUCGCGAAUGCUAUUCUCAACUUCGCGCAGGGUCAUCACGAUAAUGCUCAAAUCGCCGUUGGACCUCUAUAUGACCUCUUGAUGCGAUACUGCCCUGAUACGACGCAACUGACGACCUUACACACGCCCUUCCUGCUGGCAUGUGUCGCAUCACAAAGCUAUGCCAUUGCCCUCCCUAUCAUAUCUAAGCCUAUAACGAACAUUGGCCUCGGUCUGAGCCCGGACUUGACCUACAAGGAUCACCUUAUCUACCACUACACGGCCGGUGUAGCCGCUGCCGCUCUUCGUCGCUGGGAUUUAGCAGCGUAUCUUCUCGAAACCGCCGCAUCCGCGCCAGUGUCGACCGGACGCGCUGGUGGGGCCGGACCGUUACCGAUGGGCCCCGGGAUGAGUGGUGGGAUGAUGAGCGGGUCGCGCGGAGGUGAAGGCCGGAGCAUGAGGUUCCCUGGAAGCAGUGGCGGUGAGCCCAGUACGAUCCAGAUCGAUGCUGCGAAGAAGCUCGUACUGGUCCAUCUCAUUCACCAUGGAAAGUCCAUGGCUCUGCCGAAAUACACGCAUCCUGCGGUAGCUCGUAUCGCGACCGCCAGCUCGCCCUACGGCGCCUUUGCCCGGUCAUACCCGGCACAAACGGCAAACAUGAUGGCAGUGGUGGAGAAAGAGCAACCGAACUUCGUCAACGACGGUAACUUCGGCCUCUUGAAACAAGCUAUAACGCGCGCUCCGCGCUGGACUAUCAAGCGGCUUACCGAGACCUAUCUCACUCUCGGUCUGGCGGAGAUCGGGCAGUCUGUGGGCAUCGAUGACGCGGAGGAGGUCCGACGUGUUGUACUGAGCAUGAUCGAAGCGCGCGAGAUCAACGCGACGAUCUCGGCGGACGGCACGAUCGCGUUCGAAGAUGAUCCACCGGUGAGCGUCACCAAGACGCAGAUGGACGCCGUGCUCGCCCGUGCGCAGGCCCAGGAGAAAAUGCUGCGCGCGCUCGAGAAAGAGAUGGCCGUGAGCAAGGAAUACUUGUCCAAGGCUGUUCGCGGGCGCGACGAUGGAGGCGCGCCGUGGGCGGACGCCGAGGACCAGUGGCAAAUUCCGGGCAGUUCCAGCGGCAUCCCCGAAGAAAGCCUGUUCUAA